UGUUACCAAAAUAUCUGUGAUUUUUCAGUGUCUCAGAGAGUCAUCGAGGAAGUCAGCGCGAUUCAGGAGGACCUGGAGAUUGAGAGGAUGUGUCGAGAAAGUGCUGAAGCCCUGGCCUCAAAGUUAAAACGUGAAAACCGCUCUCUGAAGAGGAAGAGCAUGAUGAUGAUAUCGUACCUCAGCCCAGAAACCAUCAAAGACAUCAACCUGGAGGAAGAAGAGCAAGAUGGCGAUGAGGAGAAAGUUAGGGAUGAAGAGGAGGAACAAGAAUCCGCUGCCAGAGUUUGCCUCUCCGCCGACUGCACUACCUUCGUCUCAGAGCUACAAAAUAAGUUGGAAUUGACACUUAAGGAGAAAAAUGAAGUCAUCUCUAAUCUUGAAUCCACGAGACAACAACUAAAGACUGCCUGUGACGAACUCAUGAAAGAGAAACACAACAACACGGAUUUAAUUGCUGAGCGUCUGCAACAAAAGAAGCUCCUGGAGCAUUACAGCAGAGUUUCUCAGUUUGCUGUGGAAGAAUACGAAGCUUUGCAGCACACCCUGGACCUGGAGCAGAACCUGAGGACAGAGGCAGAAAACUUUGCCAGAGACAUGCUGGUCGAACAGACAAAAUUGAAGCGGCAGAGUCAGAUCCUGCUGCAGAGCUGCAUGCCCAGCCCAGCUCUGCAGGAUGUGGUCAGUCAGGUGACCGCUCUGACUGAACAGAUGGAGACCCAGAGGCUGCAGCAUCAGAACCAGAUCAAGCAGAUGGAAGAAAAACUAAAGACCUGUGAAACACAAAAGGAACUAACAGCAUUAAAGCUGAAGCUGGAGCUCCUGGAGGAGGAAAAGGAGGCGUGCCGUAUCCGCUGCUUUAACGCCGAACAACAAGUCAAAGAUCUACAGUUUACAAUUGAGCAACUCCAGAAGAAGCUGAACGCUGCCACCAACCCACCCCCAGCACCUCCACCUCCACCUCCGCCCUUACCUCCUGCAGCCCCAGAGUCGACCUCUAACCCUCUCAGCUCAUUGCUGUCACUGAUUCGAAAGAGAAAGAACGUUAGCCAUGACGUCCCAUUGGUGGAGCAGGACUCAGCCAAGCCUGCAGGAGACAUCCGGCACCAGGCUGUGGAGGAAAUGAUGCAGAGAAUUAAAAAGGGAGUUCAACUUCGACCAGUGAAACAGUCACCAAACAGAAGUGAACCAAAGAUGGAGAGGCUGCCCUCUAAUUCUGCCAUUCAAGAACUUAAAGGAAUCAUGGAGAAUUUCAGCAAAACUCGCCCUCAGCCCAAAGCUGUGUCACCAUCACCAGGCCAGGACGAAGAGCUGCAGAGGGUUCUUCUAAGAAGACGGGACAUCCUGAAGUCCUAACAUAACGCCACAAGUCAUCCCCUCAUCGUCUACAUCAUGAAAUGUUUCUAUCGUUAAGUUAUUGGAUUCAUCCAGAAGUGUAAUGUUUAGGUCCACGCAGCCUCAGUGGAUAAGAGUCAUGUAGUACAGGAUGAUCCCUUUGGUUACGUUCACACUGCAGCCUGACGUGACCCAAAUCCGAUUUUUUUAUCCCACCUUUUUUUUCACACUUCCAAAUGUACAGGACUUGUGAACGGGUAAAUUACCUGAAAGUGUCCCGCAUGUGCACUAGAGGGCGCAGUCGAAAAAAAUCAGUAACGUCAAGUAACACAUAGAGAUCGUUCUCAGUGUUUUGCCAACUGCCAUAAAGAAGAAGUGCUCAGUGAUUGUGGAAGUAAACAUAGAUGCUAAUGGUGGAGCAUAGCUUAUACAUUUGAAGUUAUUGUCCGACUGGAGCCAGAAUAUUGUCAACUUAAUCCUCAUUGUAGUCAUUAUUGUUAGUUGGACUUUUGGUCACAUUUGAAUUGGAUAUGUAUCGGAUAUUCGGGUCGCAGUCGAAAAAAAUACGACCUUUGUUGGUCAGGCUGUCAUGAAAACUCCAGAUUAUGGGGGAAAAAAAAAAUCGGAAUUGGGUUACUUCAGGCUGCAGCCUUGGACUCAACAAACUUACUGUCUUACCUUCUGAGGACAAAUAAAGAAAAUUUAAGUCAAUAUUUUGGAAAGGUUUGGGUUUGGUUUUCUUUUCAGAUUUUGUCCCCAUUUCUUUCUGUACGAGUGAAACCUUAUGGUUUUCUGUGGUUGGAUGUGGAAGACAGUAGGUCACCUUUAGAGAGCUGCAUUUUCUAUUAAGUUAGAUUCUAAGAAUCCCUGAUAUACUUUACAUAUAAAAAGAUCUCCACACAUAAAAGAGGGAAAAUAGAAACUGUUUGGGUCCCUUUGAACUAAAAUGAAUGACAUUUAUUGUGCUAUUGAUUUCCUCUGAGAGUCUUAGUCUGGUCAAAUGAAAGUUAUAAACGCAACGUCACUUUUUUGAUGUUUAUUAAACUCUUUUUUCGAUCAGUGCA